AUGACAUUGGAAUGUUCAAGUCAAUUAAAAGAAUAUUUAGAAGAAUAUAAAAUAAAACGUUUCGAUGAUUUAAAAUUCAAUGACCUCUCAAGCAUCGGAUCUGGAGGAUCUGCAAUUAUAUAUUACACUACUUUUCAAGAAAAAGGCUACGCAGUAAAAAGUUAUGAUAUUAAUUUGUGUAUGGAUGAUAAAACGCUUAAGAAAUUUAUUAAGGAGGAUUUUCCUUUCGAUGAUCCAUAUAAUCUAAUUAAAUUUAAAUAUGUGGUUAAAGGUGUUGAUGUUGAAAAACUGCCCAAAAACUUAUUGAUAGAUGCACUUGAAAAACUUAGUGUUGCUCCUGAAUAUAAGAUUUAUAGAAGAAAUGUCGUUGCACAUCUCGAAUUACGUCUCCGAACUUUAAAGGCAACGUUAGAAAUAAUUGUAUAUGAUUUUGUUUCUUUACAGCUUGAAUUCCGUGAUAAACUUCUUAAAAAUCUGAAAACUUAUAUUGAUCUUCAUUAUGGGAUAGUUGCCAGCCAUGUGCAUUGUCGAAAUUAUAAUAUAGAUUUCUUAUUGAUUCAUUUAUUUAACACUUUACAAAAUAUUCCUGUUGACGAAAUUCAAUCAGGAAAACCCUUAAAAAAAUCCAUUACACCCGAAAUAAAUAUUCAUUCAGGAGUUCCGAUGCCACAAGAUGCGUUAAAUUUUUUACAGAAUUUUAAUGUUUCAAAUUUUAAUUGUUUUACUGGAUGGUACAAAAAAUGGCGCGAUCUCUUAAAUGUUCGUCACUCAUUGGAAAUUGCAACUAAACAAAGCCAUGACUUUUUACAAUAUCACAAAGAAAUUUUUCUUCUUGAAUUCUUUUGGAGAUAUGCUUUUGACCAAAUUUCUGAUCAAAUUAUGCCAGUAACAAAUAUUUUAAAAGAAACCUUGACUAGUAAAAAUAAAUUUUUGUACUUUUUUGAUAAAAAAGAUUCAAUUUCUUCACUUAAUUUGUUAUGGUUUGGAACACUGGAUAUUGUUCAAGACAUAUGCUAUACAACGACGGAUCCUAUUAUUUUAGCAGUCUGUUACUAUUUAAGCCUAGAAUCUUUACGAAAAUCUCAAUGCAUUUUUAUUAAAUUUAAAUCUUUAGAAAUACUUCUAUCUUUAUUAUUUAACGAACGUGAACAAUUUCGUAACAUGAUAAAAGAAGAAAUCCUUAGAUAUUGUGAUGAAUCUCUGUUCAACAUUGUGCAUCAAAAACUUCAAUUGGACGAUGAACUUAUUAAGAAAUCAAAAAAUUAUGAUGUUCCUAUUUUCCAAGAGAAAUAUUUAGCGGUGAACAUAUUCACAUUGUUAAAAGAUAUUAUUAAAGAAAAAUUAAUUUUAAGAAAAGAUACUGGGGAUUUCCUUGAUUUGAAAUGCGGGCAUAAAAUUGAUUGUAUUACAAUUAACAAUCAAAAAAUAUGCCCUUUCUGCAAAACUAACAUUGACCCAAAACUAAUGUAUGAUUUUACGUCAAGUGCUAUAUUAAAAAAUUUUUAUGAAAAAGCGGAAGAUCUUAACGAUAAUAUAAUAAAUGAACAACAAAUAUUAAAAAAUAUUUAUUCGAAGUCUAAACUAUUAAAAAAGGCAAAAGAUGCAGAAGAACAAGAAAGAUAUUCAGAUGCUAUAAAAUACUUAGAUCAAGUAAUCCAAUUUUAUCCAAAAAGUUAUAAAGUUCAAUGCCGUAAAGCAUACGCAAUUUUUGAACGUGGACUAAAGGAAAAUCCAGAAAUUGCCAUUAGAUCGCACGUAAAAGCUCGGGAUAUUUUAACAUUAGCAAUUAAAUUGAAACCAGAAAAAUCAUUGGCUUACAUAUGUAGGGGCCGAAUAUAUUUUUAUCAUAAUAAUAAUAUUGAAGCACUGAGAGAUUUUGAGUAUGCACUAAAACUUGAACCAAAUAACAGAGAUGCACAUUUUUACAAAAUAACAAUAUUGAAUGAAGUGGAAAAUUUGGAGAAAUUCAACGAUGCAAAAAAUGAGAUCAUAAAAAGAAAGAUAUUCAAUUCGAUACCAAUAAUUUCAUUAUUAACAACGAUCAAACCAAGAAAAAUGAUAUUUGGACUGGGAAAUUCAUUACCCGUUAAGCUUUAUUCAUUAGAUGAUUCGACAAUUUCAGGAUAUGUUUAUUUCAAAGUAUUUCAGAAAUUUAAAGAAGCAAUAAAAAGUUGUACUCAAGCUAUAAAAUUUAAUGAUAAAAAUGCAAUUGCACUGGGAGUAAGAGGAAUUUCUUACCAUAAAAAUAAAUCAUUUUCAGACGCGUUGGAUGACUUUACUAAAAUAUUAAAUAUACUUCCAAAUAAUAAAAUUGCUUUGGGAUUGCGUGGAAAAUCAUAUUUAUCUAUAAAAGAAUAUGACAAAAGUCUUGUUGAUUUAAACGAAGCAAUUGAAUCAAAUAAUGAAGAUUUCAAUAACU